AUGGGUUACAAUGUUUCUAGUGGAUUUAAGAGACGAGGCACCAUCAAGAAACACGAGCUUGAGGAAUUCAAGCAAUGCCAGGAACUUGUCAAUGUGGACUUUCUCAAAUGGCAAGACAAGGAAUCUGAAUACCUAGGCCAAGUGGCCACCAAGCCCAUGGCAGAUGCUAUUGCUGUCGCUUACAUUGAGCAGCUCAAGAAGUUAAAACUUGCAGAGGUAAUGUAUGACAGUGUCACUUCAGUUCUAUUCCUCACUUACAUGCCUACCAACUUUACACAUACCUCAGAUCUCAAUGCACCCACACAUCAUCAUUCAAAGUGCUGGACACCAGAAUGUCCUGAGUAUGCUAUGGCUUUGAAGUACUUCCAUGAAUGCCACUUUGUUCGUGUGGUGGAGGAAUUGGAAGGAUUAGUUGUGCAAUGCCUGUUUGAACUGUCAAAGGCCAAUCUCACUGGUACAGGAUAUCAGAUGUGCAAGUACAUUUCCAAAGCCAUCAUGCGCUGUUCAGCAGCCAUCUGCUCAGCAUUGGAGAAGUACAGUGCUCAGGCUAUAGUAACUUCUUCAAGUUGCCUGCUGCACAUGAAAUUCAAUUCUAUGAGAACUUUCUAUCACCCUGAGUCAAUUCGAGGUUCUCAGGCCUAA